AUGGCACCGCCGCAGAAAAUGGUCAUAGUGGGCGCCGGCCCGGUUGGCUCACUGGCCGCCCUGUAUGCAGCUCGACGAGGCUACCAAGUCGAGGUGUACGAGUUGCGACCUGACCUCCGGGACCCCCGCAUCGUUCCCCUCAACUUUACAAAGUCCAUCAACCUCGCGCUCUCGGAGCGAGGCAUUAACGCCAUCCGCCAUGCCGAUCUGCCGGAUCUGCUCCAGGAUAUUCUCGGAGCCUGCGUGCCUAUGCGCGGCCGCAUGAUUCACGGCAAGAAGCCUUCUGGAGCCUUGUAUGAAGUGCCUCAGGAUUUUGACAUCCACGGCCGAUGCAAUCUAGCCAUGGACCGCGGCGCUUUAAACGCCAGGCUCCUGGACGCUCUUGAGGAUCUGCCCAAUGUCGAGCUCCUUUUUAAUCACAAGCUCACCGGCGCCGACUUUCGCAAGCGCAAGGCCUGGAUCGAGAACCGGGACCGGCUCUCGCCGAGCGGCCGCCCGCGCGAGAUGGAGAUUGAUUUCGACAUCAUGUUGGGCGCCGACGGCGCGCACUCGGCGGUGCGCUACCACAUGAUGAAGUUUUCGCGCAUGGACUACCAGCAGGAAUACAUUGACACGCUCUGGUGCGAGUUUCGCAUUGAACCCGGCAAGGCGCGGGCCGACGGCUCCGAGACGUGGAAAAUCUCGCCAAACCAUUUGCACAUCUGGCCGGGCAAGGAUUUCAUGUUUAUUGCGAUUCCUAGCGAGGACGGCUCAUUCACCUGCACGCUCUUCUUACCGGCCAACUAUUUCGCAGAGCUCGAGGCCGACCCCUCACAGGUCCCGAGUUUCUUUGAUGUCCACUUUCCAGGUGUGAGAGACCACAUCUCCGACGCCUCUCUCGUCGAGGCCUUCAACACGAACCCGCACCUGCCCCUCAUCAGCCUCAAGUGCAAGCCUUACCACUUUGGCUCUUCGGGCGUCAUUAUCGGCGACGCGGCGCACGCCAUGGUCCCAUUUUACGGACAGGGCAUGAACACGGGCAUGGAAGACGUCCGCAUCCUAUUUUCCAUCCUCGAUAAGCAUGCGGCCCAGCUCGCCGAGACCAACAACCCGCUCGUCGGCGAUUCCGCGUCCGACUCGGACGAGGACGAGGAGGUCUCUGCCGCCGCCGCCGCCUCCGAGCAGGCACAUGCGCAGGCACUCGCUGAGUACUCGGCUACGCGUUGGGUCGACGCCUACACUAUUAACGACCUUGCGUUCCAAAAUUACGUUGAGAUGCGCACAUCGCAGUCGGUCGCGUACAAGCUCCGCAAGUCCUUUGAGGAGUUCUUGUCCUAUCGCCUCCCGUGGCUUGGGUGGCAGACAAAGUACUCGCUCGUCGUGUUUAGCAACCGUCCGUAUUCCGAGUGCGUGCGCAGAACAGACAGGCAGGGCCGGGUGUUGGGCCGGCUGCUUGCCGGGCUGGCGACGAGCCCGUUCCUGGCGGCGGGUAUCUUCGUCGCGUAUAGCUACCGCAGGCCGCUCAAGGAAUUGUGGCACAAUGCCGUCGCUAUAUGGCAAAUGAUGUAA